AAAAUCACGUUCUCAAUCGCCUCGACCUGUCGGAUGUCUAUGGCGUGGUGGUUUUUCUGCGAUCUUUUCUCCCGCGCACAGCGAUGUUGAUGGCGCUCCUCGACGUCUUGCAUAUUUUGGUUGCGUAUUUGGUCUCAGCCUCUCGAAAGCUUUGAAACGGCUUUCUAUCUUACAUGCGUAGAUUGUCUGCAUAGCACUGCACUGAACCCCAAAUUUGUGUUGAUCUAUUGAUAGAGACCUGCACCUCGGAUCCCUCGAAACUGGGGUUGAUUUCUGCUCCUAUAGCAACAGGCAGAAAAUUUGAUUGCGUGGAUUCGAAUUUGGAUUCUCUGAAAAUGCUUUUGUGCAACCUUUAAGGAAAUGGAUAAUGGUCAGAACAGUGAUUGUAAUCAAAUGGAUGGUUCCAUGGUGUUGCAUCUAGAAAAAAAGGAAUCCAUGAGAAGCCCCGACAAUAUUUUGGUUCGUCGUCUGAAUAAUCGAGAAAGGCAGCGCAGAUAUAGAGCCCGGAAACGGCGCGAAGCUGAUCUUAAGAAGGCAUCAACAACUGAUCAGUCAAUUUCACCGCAUCAAUAUCAGCACAUGCCUGCUGAGUUUGUUUCUGUACCUGUCGAAGUUGAGGCCUUGCAAACCCUAACCCCCACUGAUUACGUGACUCGCGUCCAUUGCCAACGAGACUGGAAGAAAGACGCUCGAAGAGCUCAUAUGCUCGAGAAACAAGAAUCCAGUCCUGUUGUCCAAACCAAUUUUGAGGCUGCUGUUGUUAUGGAAUCGGUUACAAAAUCAAACUUAGUGUCCAGCCAUUCGACUCCUUCCAUUUUCGACAAUAAUGCAACGCGGAAAUUGGUGCCUAAUCGGAGACAUUGGAAAGCUGAGGCUAGAAACCGGAAAGUUCAAACCGAGCAUGGUUAAGGUAUUUCUUCUGCAUUAAAUUGGCUGUGCUGUAGCCUUGCUUUUUAAAUGAAAUGCCUCAACUAACAAUGCAAUUUCUUGUAGCUUAAUUUAGGGUUAGUGUUUCUUUGCAAGUAGGAUUGUUGUUUUCAUAUUUCUUGAUGUGUUUUUAAGAUCAAAUAAUCUCAAAAACCAAAUCAUAAUUUGCAGCUCAAUUUUCAUUUAUAAUUGCAGUUUUCUAGUUGUUGCCGGAUUUUUUUUUAAAGUUUUAUUUAUUUAUUUAUUCUUAUAAGUUGCGAUUGCUGUAUUUUUAUAGAAAUUUGGAUUAUUGUUGAGCGUUUCAACUUAUGCUUUCCUUGAUUACUAGUUUGAACAUGAUGUUUUGUGUGAGGAAAUAGUGUAUUAUUACAGGGAAUUGUGAUUGUUGUAUUUUUAUAGAAAUCGGGAUUGUUGUCGAGCAUUUCAAUUAAUGCUUUUUUUGUUGAUUAGUUUGAACGUGAUGUUUUGUGUAAGGAAAUAGUGUAUUUCUAUAGAGAAUUGCAAUUGUUGUAUUUUUAUAGGAAUCGGGAUGAUUGUCGAGCAUUUCAACUUAUGCUUUAGUUUUGUUGAUUAGUAGUUUGAAUGUGAUGUUUUGUAUAAAA